UGAGGAUAGAACUGUGAUCAAAAUUAUUUUAAUAAUAAGUAAAUAAUUAUAAUAAAAUAAAAUAUUAGUACUAUGUAAAUAAUUUAUUUAGUCAACAUUUUAUAUUUUAAUAUACUGUUUCGACUUUUGUGGCUACUGCCCACCAGCACUUUUAAAAACAUUUAAUAGUGUUCUACUGUUCUGAACGUUGUUAUUUUGAAACAAAGUAUACACUAUGACGGCCGACAAUAAAGCUUUUUAGGAUGAAUGAUGGUUUGUGCUGAUACACAGCUGAAUAUUUAGUACACAACUAAUACAUUUAUAUAGCUUGAUGUAUAACAUAAUCAUAUAAAAUUUGUGUUCACUCUGGCCAGCUGUAAUGGGAGAUUAUUAUCAACAUUUUCUUAAUAAUCAUAACAAUAUUGAUCAUAUACUCGAACUGAGAUGUCCAGGUUACUAUUGUGGUCGAAGAGAUUUGGGUAAUGGACGUACAAGUGAUUGUGGUUCAUGCCCAUCUGGUACAAAAGUAAAUUCAUUUCAUAUUUGUCAACCAUGCACAGAUUCACCAUCAUCAUAUGAUUACAUGUAUCUCUUAUUCAUGGCGACUGUGCCUUUAUUAUUUCAUGCUGUGUACAUAGAUCUGUCUUUGUCAUCAAUAGUAUGGGCUUUCAAAGGAAAAAGUGGAAAUUCUCAGAAAAAAACAAAAACGAAAAUUAUCUUAAAUAUAUCUGCAAUAUUGGAAAUAUUUAUUGCAGCGGCUUUAGCAGUCCUAGUUGUAGAUCCUAUUGGCCAACUAUGGAUUCGAUCGUGUCGUACACAGUGGCUAUCUGAUUGGUACACAGUUUUGUAUAAUCCAACACCGGAUUACCGUGAAUCAUUAAGAUGUACUCAAGAAGCCGUGUAUCCAUUAUAUUCCAUGAUUUUUAUUUUUUAUUUGGCUUGUAUAAUUGUUUUACUUACGAUACGUCCUUUGCUCUCUGCUUAUUUUAAUCUUAACAGAGGGGCCUAUUUAAAAACUAUAUAUGCUGGAUUAUAUUUCUUUCCCAUAGCAGCUAUAAUUCAUGCAUUCUUAGGAGGCAUUGUUUACAUCACGUUUCCUUAUAUUGUAAUUGUUGUUUCUGUAAUAUCAAGCGCAAUUCAUUUUGCUACAGAAAUAAAUCAGUCUGCAAAAUAUUUGAUUGUGAACACUGUAUGUGUACCAAGAAACAUACUUAUCGUAGCUGUUCAUUGGGUCAGUCAUGGAUUUGGUAUUGUAGCCAUAACUCAGUUGGAAAAUCCACCAGUUGACUAUGCUUUAUUGUUACUUAUUCCUUUACCAACUCUUUUCUAUAUAGCAACUACACGCAUAAGCGAACCAUCGAAAAUACUUGUAUUGUAUUGUAAUUAGUCAGUUGAUUGUUUCAAAUUAAAAAAAGAAAUGAACAAAUUUACAAUUAUUAAC